ACAUUUUCCAUUCAUUUUAUCGUUAUCCAUCCCAAUAAUUUAAAGCUUCUAUUCGCAACUGAUUUGUUUUCGCCCCCAAAAUAUCAAUGAUCAGUUGAGCAUUGAUCAGAUGUAAGUAAAAAACAUACCGAAAACGGGUACGCACUUUCAAAAUACGAACAAGACAGACCAAGAGAGCCAACAUGCAUCACAUCUCCCAAAAUAUUCACUGACGGUUUAGUGUGCGAUGUGCAUCCGAUCGGAUCGCUCGAGUUGACUUGAUCUCAGACGACUAUUUUUAACAUUGUGCAUUUUGUUGUCGGCGAAGCAUAGCCCUUGUGGUAAAGGUUUGAAUCAGGCGCAAAUAAUCAUUCGUAAAAUUGUGCGGAAUGGACGUCGAAAACAAUCCGGCGGAAUCGACUAAGGUCGAACCAACAUCGUCGAAUCAGCCCCCAGCACAACCCGUAGAUCCAGUCACCGGAGAAAUAAUCCCAAACAUCAACACCUACCAGCAGAAGAAAAACCUCGCCCAAGGCAUGAUGGACCUGGCCCUAGUUUCUGCCAACGCCAACCAGCUUCGCUACGUGAUCGAGUCAUUCACCCGUCAUCCGUAUUACUACUUCAGCUUGCUCUUCAUUUCGGUCAGCCUAAUCAUUCAGAUUGCGGUCGGUGUUGGGCUGAUUAUGAACAGCCGCUACGAUGUCAACGACAGACGGGAGAUCUGCAAGGCGAACAGAAUCAACGAUUUUGUCACCAUUGGCAUUUUCCUGAUAACGCUGGUCAACGUGUUGAUAUCGGCCUUCGGAGUGGCCCCUCAAGUGGACUGAAAUUUGUUGGUUUUUGUUUGUUUGCAUUUUAACGUAACUCAGUGUGUGAUUAGUUAGUUAGUUAAGGUACGCUUAUUUACAAUAAAAAAUGUUUUUUUUUUUAAAUCUUGAGUGUGAAGUGGAGAAAAUAUGCAAUUUCGCCAGCGUUUCGUUGCCUUUUUAAACGAGAAAAUUGAAAUAACCCACAAUGAAUUUCACGUGCUACAUACAACAACAAACAGAGAGACGAUGAUGAGAGGAUAAGCAUAUGAGUAGAAGAGUGAAAUUUCUAAUACGAAAGAUCGUUGGUCUGUAUACUUCAUUCAUAUCGAUCAAAUUCACAGAUCAUUUGGGCAAAUUAAUUUUCGGUCAAUUACAUUGCAGUGUUGGCUACGCCAGAGACCUACAUUUAAUCAUAUCUCACAAACGCAGUAUAAUUUCACGCUAAUCAUACGCAUUGAAGCACCAUGGAAUCGUGAAAGCGAUAGAACAAAAGCAAAUUAUUCAGUUGUUUAGAUUGUUAAUUAUUUUUGUUUUAGAUUGCAGAUCCGUAUGAAACAUGAAAGCUGCUUUUGAUAAAAUUUAGAUUAGAACGCUUCGAGACGUUUAUCAUAUGCCGAUCACGUUGCUGAAAAUUUCGGUGGUCCGUGGCGUGAUUGAAAGAAUUUAACACUUUUAACAUUCGUAAACCGCAAACUUCAAUGUGCCUCUAAAGCUGGGCAUCUGAUCUUACCUGUAACAUGGAUCUAUUUUAUAUUGUUCGUUUAUUUGAGUAUCAAUUGCGUGUAACGCUUUACGGAGCUGAAAUGCAUUUU